ACAAAUAUUAAAAUAAUUCAUUUAUGUGUAAUUACAUAGCAAUUUUGCCAUUAUACCAAAUAUAAUUCAUCCUAUAUAAUAAGAACCAUGCACACCACUAAAAUCAAAUAUACAAACAAACAAACAAGCAAAAUAUUUACAUACAUAGAGAAGAAGAAUUCAACAACAACAAAAAAUUGUUAUACAAGGGAAAUGAAGACCAUGAGAUCUUCAUACGUUUGUGAAAAAUCUUUCGUGAUGACGUCAACUAUUCUCUUGCUUUUCAUUUUAGGACAAGCAAGUGCAAUGAGUGUCCUCAACAACAUGAUAUGUCUUAAUGAAGUAUCGCGUCCUGACAAGUGCGAUGUAACGUGUCAAGAGAAAGGUUUUAAUAGAGGGAUAUAUGUAAAUGAAGGUCUCAGUGUUGCGAAAUGUUGUUGCGAUAAAAGUUCUACGCCAUCGAUAUUGUCUGAACCUGUUAUACCUCCCGAUCAUAAGAGAUAUGCUCCAUCGAUAUUGUCUGAACCUGUUAUACCUCCCGAUCAUAAAAGGUUUGCGCCAUCGAUAUUGUCUGAACCUGUUAUACCUCCUGAUCAUAAGAGAUAUGCUCCAUCGAUAUUGUCUGAACCUGUUAUACCUCCCAAUCAUAAAAGGUUUGCACCAUCGAUAUUGUCUGAACCUGUUAUACCUCCCGAUCAUAAAAGAUAUGUGCCAUCGAUAUUGUCUGAACCUGUUAUACCUCCCGAUCAUAAGAGAUAUGCUCCAUCGAUAUUGUCUGAACCUGUUAUACCUCCCGAUCAUAAAAGGUUUGCGCCAUCGAUAUUGUCUGAACCUGUUAUACCUCCCGAUCAUAAGAGAUAUGCUCCAUCGAUAUUGUCUGAACCUGUUAUACCUCCCGAUCAUAAAAGGUUUGCGCCAUCGAUAUUGUCUGAACCUGUUAUACCUCCCGAUCAUAAAAGGUUUGCGCCAUCGAUAUUGUCUGAACCUGUUAUAUCGAUAUUGUCUGAACCUGUUAUACCUCCCGAUCAUAAGAGAUAUGCUCCAUCGAUAUUGUCUGAACCUGUUAUACCUCCCGAUCAUAAAAGGUUUGCGCCAUCGAUAUUGUCUGAACCUGUUAUACCACCCGAUCAUAAAAGACCAAUUUUUUAA